AUGGCCGUACCUCCCCCUCCCUCCACCGUGCGAGCGCAGAAGAAGAAGCCGGCUGUGGCUGACUGGUGCCGCGUCGGUGCCGACACUGCGCGAGAGGGUGGCGAAUGCCGCCUUUUUCUUUUUUCCCCCUUGCCCCUCUCUCCCUCUCUCUGCCGUGCAAGCGAUGCGCGCGUGCGGCGCGAGUUUGUGUCCCACGGGGCAAUCCGAGGUGCCCGUGUGCUGCGCUGUGCCGUGGCGGUGCCUUCUGGUAGUCCCGGAGAUGAGGCUGUGGUGGGCGGCGCCCCCGCUUCUCCCCCACCCCCGCCCGCCCGCCUUGCGGUGCGGUGCGGUGCGUUGCGUCUGCUGCGUGAUGAUCUCGCUAACUGA